AUGUCUCAAAGUAUCGGCUCUGCGGCAAAGGGACUCCGGCCGAACAAACGAUACAUCGCUACCCACGAUAGCAGCGGCAAAAGCGUCUAUACCGAAUCACCAGAGCAGGUCUUCAAUGCCGUGCCUGACGUAGGCGGUAUGUCCCGUUCCUACGCCAUUGACUCGUUCCCGGCCAAUCUGAAAGACGACGCCGACAUUAAAGCCUACCGAGCAGAGGAAGGGGUGGCAAGUUACAAGGAAAGGGCCAUUGUCGUCAAACCUGGAGCCAAUCUCGUUGUUGUAGAUCUGGAGCCUGGUGGUGUUAGUAUGAUGCACCGGACUGUGUCUAUCGAUUUCUCGAUUUGUGUUAUCGGGGAGAUAGAUCACGAACUGGACUCUGGGGAGAAAGUUCGAUUAUUUCCUGGUGAUCACAUUAUACAACGAGGAACGAUGCAUCGAUGGUCGAACCCUUCGAAAGAUAAACCCGCUCGAUUCGUUGCGUGCACCAUCCCAUGUGUGCCGUUCGACAUUGCAGGGAAGGCUUUGGAGGAAGUACAUGUACCAAAUCCGAGGCCGUCGAAGCUGUAG